CUCUAAUUAACAAAAAGUCUCUUUCAAUAGAUAGACCUUCCCGUGGUGACAUGUGAUGUUUUUUCUUCUUAUUGUAAUAAUAAGAUAGAUUAUAGCUGAUGGUUUUGCCUAGUAGUUGUUGGAAAUGAGUGUUGUAUUGUCAACAUCAGUUUUGCCCUUGUGUGGUAGCCUUAACCCAGAGAAUGUUCAGCACAUAACCAAGGUACGUUUGAACCCUUGGAAAAUCUGUAAUCUUAAUUUUAGGAAGAAGGGGUUAAAGUUUGUAGUGAGAGAGCAGAAAAGUAAUUUUGUUGAUUUUGAUUGGGAGGAUGAAUAUGAAGAUGAGUAUGAAGACGAAGAUUCGCCGUGGGAAGGCGCAGUUGUGUAUAAAAGAAAUUCUUCUGUUACACAUUUGGACUAUUAUACCACAUUAGAAAGGCUGGGGUUGGGCAAGCUCUCCACAAAGGUUUCAAAGUGUCGAGCUUCUGUAAUGGGACUGAGGGUCACAAGACAAGUCAAAGAUUAUCCUGAUGGAACUCCAGUUUUAAUUUCCUUUGAUGUCACAAGGAUGAAGCACAAGUUGAGGCUUGACGGAAUUAUAAGGACUGUCAUCGCACUCCCUUGCAACAGGUGCGGUGAACCAGCUGCAGAAAGUAUCUUUUCAAACUUUUCCCUCCUAUUGAGUGAAGAACCUUUAAAGGAAGCAGAGACCCUGGAUAUGGGCAUAAUGUUUGGAGAUGACAAAUUCAAAAGUUUUGUAAAUGUGGAAGAGGAAAUGGAGGAGAAUGAUGGUUGGAUACCUUUAGAAGACCAGCUGUAUUUUCCUGGUGAUGAAAAAAUGAUUGACAUUUCAAAACAUAUUAGAGAUCUGGUGCACAUAGAAAUCACCAUUAAUGCUGUGUGUGAUCCCAAGUGCAAAGGUUUGUGUCUGAAAUGUGGUGCUAAUCUUAAUGUCAAUAGGUGUAGUUGUCAUAUGGAAAAGAUAGAGGAGAAAGGUUAUGGUCCUCUUGGAGGUCUGAAGAAGCAAAUGCAGCAAACAUGACAUUUUUUGGUGUGUAAUACUUAUUUUUUUAUAAGUUGAAUUGAAAGGUCUUUCCCUUUUGCUUAUUUUUUUUUUAUAUGCGAACAAAAUUACUACGCAACUUUUGAGAGAGUUGAGAAAAAAGCGUGUGGAUGUUGAAAUGUUUGUUCUACUUCUCUCCCAUUUCCUGUCACAUGCCAUUGUACGUAGUGGAUAUUGUUUGAUCUCCACCUAAAUAAAGUGAAAGAGAGAGAUAUGUAUGAAUUUGAAGUUCCAAUAUAUUGAAAGGGUUCUAAUA